AUGGAAGGACAGCGGAUCCGCAGCUUCUCGCUGGACGCCGACGAGCAGUCCCACGCGUACACGCCGUUCUUGCCUGUGAGCACCGCGACCCCAAACCGUCUCGGCACAUUCAACGGUGUUUACGUGCCCUGCCUCCUCAACAUCAUCGGCGUCAUCUUGUUCCUGCGCCUCGGCUGGGCAAUUGGCCAAGCGGGUGUACUCGGUAUGCUUGGUAUUUUUGUCAUCGCUGAGGCGCAGGCUGUGCUCACCGUUCUUGCGGCGAGCGCGAUUGCAAGCAACGGCAGCAUGCGCGGUGGCGGCUCAUACUAUCUCAUCAGUCGAUCGCUGGGGCCUGAAUUUGGCGGCGCCAUCGGGCUGCAAUUCUACCUCUUGUAUGCAUCCGGCGUAGCCAUGUAUCUGGUCGGCCUCGCAGAAGAAGUACAACAAACGUGGCUUGUGCAUGCUUCGUGGGAAAAGCAUCACAUCAUCAUUUCUGUCGCUGCCAUUGCUCUGCUUUCGACAACUGCGAUCGCUCUCCUCGGCGCGCAUGCAUUCGCCAAGGUUAAUCAGUACCUCUUUGGCGUUCAGUUUGCCUGUAUUGCCUAUGGCGCGGUGGAGAUUUGCCUCACAAAACCACAUUCCUUGGCAAGCGGUGGGCGCGUCACGGGUCCAUCGAUGAACACGAUGCGGGACAAUCUAUAUGCCAACUACACAAAUGAGCGCAAUGCUUGUGGGCUCGGUCAAACGUGCAACUUUGGCGCUGUCUUUGCUGUCGUCUUCCCGCUCGCCACUGGAUUCAUGGAAGGUCUCAACCUAUCCGGUGACCUCAAACAUCCAGGCAAAAGUAUCCCUGUUGGCAGCUUGGCAGCAAUUGGAACGGCGUGUGUCGUCUACGUCUCGCUCAUUUUUCUCUUCGGGAGCUCGUUUCCUGGCGCGACGUUGCGGACAAACUAUACCUUUUUUCAAGAAGUGAGUGCCUCGCCGAUUGUCGUCGUCACGGGGCUUCUCGUGUCAUGCUACACGUCUGGGCUCGGUGCACUUUUUGGUGCCUCGCGUAUUCUCCAGGCAAUCGCCCGGGACUCACUAUUUCCUGGUAUGCGCUGGCUCAAGCAAGGCUCGGCCGUCGGCGAUGAGCCUCAAGCCGCAGUCCUCUGCACGACACUUCUCUCGUUUCUCUUUAUUUUGAUCGGCGACCUCGACGUGCUUGCUCCAAUUUGCACGUCGUUUUUUUGCCUCGCGUACGCUGCAGUAAACUUUACGGCCUUUGCUUUGCAGAUCUCUGGCGUUCCCAACUUCCGUCCGACAUUUCGUGGCAGCGCGUGGCCGCUUUCCCUCGCGGGUGUCGCCUUGAACCUCGGAGUGAUGGUCUAUCUUAACGCGCUCUAUGCGGCCGAAACGCUUCUCGUCCUGAGCGUCCUUUUUGGCUACCUCUACAUUGUGUCGCCGUCGGUCGCCGUCGGCUGGGGCAGCCUCUCGCAAGCUCUCUUGUAUCACCAGGUACGCAAGUAUUUGUUGCGGCUGGACAGCCGGAAAGACCACUGUAAGUACUGGCGCCCGUCGCUGCUCCAUGUGCCCGCCAGUAUGUCGGCGCACAGCGUCUUUUUUUGCAAUUGGCUGAAGAAAGGCGGUCUCUAUCUGGUCGGUGACAUUGAAUUUGGUGCUGUCACCAUGUCUACCGUGGCGACAACCCGGAACAAGUACAUGCAAUGGCUCGCGUACCUUGAGACGCACCACAUCAAGGCAAUUCCACGGGUGCUUGUCGCCCCGUCGUUGCGGGAUGGAUACCGCAGCCUUCUACAGCUUGGCGGUCUCGGCGGCAUGGACGUCAACACACUUGUGUUGGACUGGACACUGGGACCGGAUCUCGCCGCAGUAAUGUCAGAUGCACUCGUCUUGCAGAAGAAUGUGGUGGUCCUGCGCCAUGGCGAUCGACAUUCGCUACUCAACGAAAAAUCGCCGCGUGCCAUGACGAUCGACGUAUGGCUCAUGACGGACGAUGCACUGCAGCACGUAACGCUUAUGCUGCAACUGGCGCAUGUGCUCAAGGCAGCCGCGCCGUGGAAGCGGGCGUCGAUCCGCCUCCUGCGCGUCGGUGGUGAUGACAGCCAACGGGCGCUUUUGGACCUUGCUGACGACUUGCGCAUUGAUGUCGGUCCCGAAAACGCGAUCGUGCUGCCUCGCGGCCCCACGCAAGACUUACAGCACGUCAUUCUUGCGCACUCGAGCAAUGCGGGUCUUGUCUUGCUCGCGCUGCCCUCACAAGGGCUUGCGACGAGCAUGGAUGCAGUCCUCGGAACGAUGGACGCUGUCACUGUCAACCUGCCUCCUACGAUGCUGGUUCACUGCGCCCAGGAAAAUGGUGUCAUAACGACGUGCAUCUAG